AUGGGUUGUAUACUUCUGGGUGUGGAAUACUGCGAUUCUCAACACGGCCAUGGUCCUAUACAACUACGGGGUCGGCAGGCCCUUCUGGUAUGCAACCGGCUGCUCCUCGAUGAUUGUAUGCUCUGCACACCUGAGCAUCAUUCUGAUUCCGUGCUGUUACCUGCAGCGAAGACGCUCACUGUCAACGAAGUAGGCUCUAUCGUGGGUCUAUGUGACCUGCUGUUGGCUGCGCAAGAACAAAAUGAGUUUGAGGGUAACUACCAAGGCAGACUAGUGACUAUGCCCUCGCAGCAGGCGAUCUUAUUCGGCAUCAUCCUGCUAGUUUCCAACGUCGGGGCUGCCAUUGUGAGUGCAGGGGGAGUGGGUGGAGGCUGUGGUGCUGGAAAGUACUGCAACUUGUAA